CUCAAGGUACACUCCAAAAACAGAGCAGAGAGAAGGCUCAAUGGCAAAUUCGGUGGCAGCCGAUCUUGUUGAUUUCUUGAACGCUUCACCAACAGCUUUUCACGCAGUUGAGGAAGCAAAGAGGAGACUGAAGAGCGCAGGUUAUGAGCAAAUACUGGAGAGGGAGGACUGGCAAUUGGAAGCUGGAAAGAAAUAUUACUUCACUAGGAAUUAUUCAACAAUUGUUGCUUUUGCUAUUGGAAAAAAAUACGUUGCUGGUAAUGGAUUUCAGAUUGUUGGUGCUCAUACUGACAGUCCGUGUCUGAAACUAAAGCCUGUUUCAAAGGUGUCCAAAGGUGGGUAUUUGGAAGUUGGUGUACAAACAUAUGGAGGUGGUUUGUGGCACACAUGGUUUGAUCGUGAUUUAACUGUUGCCGGCAGGAUGAUUAUAAGAGAGCAGAAAGAGGGUUCUGAGUCUUAUUCACAUAAGCUUGUUAAAAUUGGGGAGCCUAUAAUGCGAAUUCCUACUCUGGCAAUUCACUUGGAUAGGGAGGUCAAUGAUGGAUUUAAGGUGAACAAACAUGUUCACCUUGUUCCAGUAUUGGCUACAUUGAUCAAGGCAGAACUGAAUAAAGUGGCUGCGGAGAAUGGUUUUGUCGAUGGUGGAAUUACAACUGAUGCAAAGAAGUCCACUGGAAGGACAUCUAGUGGUCACCAAAAGCACCAUUCUGUUCUUCUGCAGCUUCUCGCAAAUGAAGUUGGGUGUGAGCCAGAUGAUAUAUGUGAUUUCGAGCUGCAAGCAUGUGAUACUCAACCAAGCAUUAUUGCGGGGGCUAUGAAGGAGUUUGUUUUUUCUGGAAGACUAGAUAAUCUCUGCAUGUCAUUCUGCUCUUUAAAGGCACUGGUUGAUGCUACAUCUUCUGAAAGUUCUCUUGACAAUGAGACUGGUGUAAGAAUGGUGGCCCUAUUUGAUCAUGAGGAGGUUGGGUCAGACUCAGCACAAGGAGCUGGAUCUCCUGUUAUGUUUGAUGCUUUAUCACGAAUUACUGGUACUUUCAGCUCAGAUUUGAAGUUAGUAACAAAAGCAAUCCAGAGGAGUUUCUUGGUGUCUGCUGACAUGGCACAUGCUCUGCAUCCUAAUUAUAUGGAUAAGCAUGAAGAAAACCACCAGCCUAAAUUGCACGGUGGCCUUGUCAUCAAGCAUAAUGCAAAUCAACGUUAUGCAACAAAUGCAGUCACUUCUUUUAUAUUCAGGGAAAUAGCAGCCAGGCACAAACUACCUAUUCAGGAUUUCGUGGUUCGCAACGAUAUGCCUUGUGGUUCAACCAUUGGUCCCAUUUUGGCUAGUGGAUUGGGGAUUCGAACGGUUGAUGUUGGAGCACCUCAACUUUCAAUGCACAGCAUAAGGGAAAUGUGUGCGGUUGAUGACGUGAGACAUUCAUACGAGCACUUCAAGUCCUUCUUUGAAGAAUUCUCAUAUCUUGACACAAAAAUUACCGUGGAUGCUUAAAAAUCACAGCUUGGCCCUCUUGUUCAAGACAUGUUAACUUUGGGUGGACGUCUGUUAUGGUAAAAUAUUUUGAUGUAGUUGAACCUUUGCCCCACGGGGGUUUUUUGAGGGCCUGAAAGUUAUGGCUGUAUGAAUGACUUGCAAAACCAUCUGAUUGAAAUUACUAUCUAAAAUCCUUUGAGAAACAUCCCAUUGAUUCAUAGCAUCUCUAACCUUUUAAGACACUGAUUAUGCUGAAUUUCCAUGCUUUACAUUUUCUUGCAUUAAUA